AUGCAGUCGAGUUGUGCUUUACUCUGUAUCUCACUUUGUGUUUUUACUGCACAUCUCUCAAGGAUCCACGGCAUGACCCUCAUGAAACCAGAGAAAAGGGGCUGGACUCUGAACAGUGCUGGGUAUCUACUAGGACCUUAUGCUCACAGAAGUCUUAAUGUGAGACACAGAGCUUCAGGAAAAAGAGACACGGGCAAUCAGAAUUCAAGCUUUCCCACGUCUUCAUACAAUGAUUCAUAUCUUCUAUCAAUUCUGGGUCAUCUUGCAUAUCUGCGAUUAAAAGAAAAGGGAAUGACUGAAGAUUUCAGUGGAUCUUUUAUUAAUAGUGGCAAUAUGAAGCAAUAACAAAAUUAUUUUACCCCCUC